AAUGUGUCCACACACCUCUCUCUAUCUUCUUUACCUGUAUCCCAACACAGUCCCGUUACCCAUUCUUACCCUUCGAUUUCUCCCCAAAUUCCGAAACUGCCACUCCUUUGCCUUGACCUUCAGUCCUUUCCCGUCUCUUUGAUCGUGCCAACACACGGCUACGUUUUGGUAUCUGGAAGACACUGAUCGCGCCGAUUCACAAAGCUUGCAGCCUACCUGUUUGUGAUAAUGCCUCAAUGGGCUGCAACAUUCUGGCAAUUUAAGAAGCUGCUACCCAUGUUGGUGCCUGCUGCGUUCAUCGUCUGUCAGAAUUUAUGCGCCUAGAUUUCUUGAGGUGAUAAUAUUCUGACUCAUCAGCUUUAGAUUUCCUUAUCCGAUCCCAUAUAUUUCAGAUGUAUAUCAUUUACAACCACAAAAGUAAAAGGGUCUGUGAUGGAAUCUUAUCAUGCGGCUAUAUCUCACUUGAUCAAAGGCUAGGAAUUGGUUGUGUAGGACCUACAUUAGCCUCCCAAUCUCAUCAGAUGUAGUUGACAAAGGGCAUCAAAAGCCAUAAAUACAAAGCAUAUAUCAGCAACCCACGAGAAUCCGAUGCAGAAACAAUGUUGAAGAUGACUUCCAACCGCCUAAUAAAUGCAACUUUUAAGCAUUCAUUAAUCAAACUUUAAGACCAAAACAAGCUUACCUCCGUAUUAUUACCGCUCAUUGCAUAUUCUCUUGCUUUUAGUUUUGUCUGUUUGUUAAGAAUGUUUGAAGGUUAUUCUCAAGAACAGAUUUUGGCAUCCGAAUAUGUUGUUUCGUGAUGUGAAGUGGAGGGUUUUGUUGGGGAUUUGAUGGGGAUAUGAUCAUAUCUUAAAUCCUGCCUUUGGAGACCCUUUACUAUCUUUUUUCUUCUUUUAAUAAUAUUUCUAGAUACUUGAAAUCAAAGUUGAGGCAUAGAUUAGACAGUUUAAUUUAAUUGAAUUUCCUGUUAAUUUUGCUCUAACAUUCGCCUUUUGAGAUUUAAUAAUGGAAUGGAGGAUUGGGGGAGGCGUACGAUGUUGCGUAUAAAUUAGUGUUUGACUAAAAUAAUCUUUGUGAAAGAGCCCACCGUAAAAAAAAAAAGGCUGUGACAAUGAUGAGAGCUAGGACCCGCCGGUGGGCGCUGGAUAAGCACGUGGGCUUCUCCUUAUGAUGUGGACGCUGGCAGAGCAAUGCCCUUCAAAGUGACUUCGAUUCGUUGUUUUCCUGUCCAAAUCACAUGGGGUAGAGAAUUUGACUGAAAGGACAAGGCCAUGUAAUGUUCGAUCUUCUGGGCUUCUGUCACUUUGACUAAUGCUACUCCCAUAAGUUUCUGUAUAUAAAAACACAUAUUAUAUCACACCCACAUCAACAAACCCUCUUGCCUUCCCUUUCUUCUUGGAGCCAAUCCAUUGUUCAAGGAGAACGGUCUGUGUUCGUUGUGCUCUGUAGGUUAAAAUUUCUCAGAUUUGGGAGCUGGAAGAUAAGUCUCCAUUAGUUUGUCUUAGUUGGGAAAGUGAAGUACGAGAUAUUGGUGGUCUUUAUGGUUCUUGUCUGGAGAAAAUUGUGUUGUGAGGACCCCUUAUGCGGCUGUUGGUGAAACUUAAAGGGUGCCCUUUCAUUGUCCAGAAGCAGAAUAAUUCCUCUGAUGUAUACACAUCAUGAGUAUCAGAUGAAUACCGAAUCUUAGAAGAAAAUUGGAGAAGAAGUAUUCAACAUGAAGUUUAUGAAACUUGGAUCUCGACCAGACACUUUCUAUACUGCGGAAGCUGUAAGUUUUUGUUGUGAAUUCAGGUCAGUUUCCUCUGAAGUUUCUAGUGAUUUCAUAAUUCAGGUGAAAGGAAGUAGAUAUCUUCUUCACAAGUUUCCUCUUCUGUCCAAGUGUUUGCGCCUGCAGAAACUAUGUGCUGAGUCCUCUGAAUCUCCACAGCCUCAAAUAGUCCAACUUCCUGAGUUUCCAGGUGGGAUUGAGGCAUUUGAACUAUGUGCAAAGUUCUGUUAUGGCAUAACGAUUACGCUCAGCGCUCACAACAUUGUAUCGGCUCGAUGUGCUGCCGAGUACCUUCAGAUGACCGAGGAUGUCGAGAAGGGAAACUUAAUUUACAAGCUUGAAGUGUUCUUCAGUUCAUGUAUUCUUCAUGGGUGGAGAGAUACCAUUGUGACAUUACAAAGCACCAAAGCGUUUCCUUCAUGGUCAGAGGAACUUGGAAUCACAAGCAGAUGCAUAGAAGUGAUUGCAUCAAAAGCCCUUACUCAUCCAUUGAAAUCGAAUCUUUCGCAUAGUCAUUCCCGAAGACUUAAGGACGAUAUCUCGAGCAACGGUGGGGAUAGUCAGAGACACAAACAGGCAACCAGAGGUUGGUGGGCUGAAGAUGUUGCAGAACUCAACAUUGACCUCUACUGGAGAACCAUGAUAGCCAUUAAAUCAGCUGGGAAAAUGCCUUCCAAUUUAAUUGGAAACGCUCUGAAAAUUUAUGCUUCAAGAUGGCUCCCAACCAUAGCAAGGAGUGAAUCUGUUGAUAAGCAGUCAGCGUCUAACUCUGAUUCGGAGAAGGCGAACGAGUCGUCAGCCAAGCAUAGACUUCUCCUAGAAUCAUUAAUAAGCUUACUCCCAUCAGAGAAAGGUGCUGUUUCCUGCAGUUUCCUUCUCAAACUUUUAAAAGCAGCCAACAUUCUUGAUGCCUCGCGGUCUUCAAAAAUGGAACUAGCCAGAGGAAUUGGUGUCCAAUUGGAGGAAGCGAAUGUCACUGAUUUAUUAAUACCCUCUGCAACACACACAAACCAGAUGGUGUAUGAUGUAGAUAUAGUAAGGACCAUAAUUGAUCAUUUCAUGUUACAAUGGCAGAGUCCCCCAACAAGCCCCCCGAGAUCAAGGAUAGACUUCGAAAGGCGAAGGUCUCGCUCGGCUGAAAAUAUCGAUUUUGAGUUACAGGAAAGUAGAAGGUCUUCUUCAGCUUCACACAGCUCAAAGUUGAAGGUUGCAAAGCUUGUGGACAGAUAUCUUCAAGAAGUUGCUCGAGACGUGAAUUUGCCCUUAUCGAAGUUCACGUCGAUUGCCGAGUCGGUACCGGAAUUUGCAAGGCUGGAUCAUGAUGAUCUGUACAAAGCUAUUGACAUCUACCUUAAGGCACAUCCAGAAAUGGGAAAGAGCGAAAGGAAGCGACUAUGUCGAAUUCUCAACUGCAAAAAACUAUCAGUUGAGGCUUGUAUGCACGCUGCACAAAACGAGCUACUCCCUUUAAGGGUAGUGGUCCAAGUUCUGUUCUUUGAGCAAGCAAGGGCAACAAUGGCAGGUAGCAAAGUCGCCGAGCUGCCUAGCAACAUAAAGGCGCUUCUGGCUGCUCAUAAUAUCGACCCGUCGAAGCCACCAGCACCAUUGAGUACUACCACAAGUGUUCAAGCAGAAGACCAACUGAGCAUCUCAGGUUUGAAAUCACCAAAAUCCAAGCUUUCUACAUUGCAGAUGAAGCUGUCCGAAGAUGACGAUUUGAACGAAAACGGUAUGCACCCUGAUGGAAUCUCAAGGCCCUCGAAGUUCAAGGCUCUAUGUUCGCUCCCCUAUCGACCGAAAAGGAUCUUCAGUAAGUUAUGGUCUACUAACAGAAGUAUGAUGGAAAAGAAUUGAGUGAGUUUUGUUCAUUAAAGGAGUAGCAUAUACUCUCUUCUUUUGGCUUUGAUAUUAGACAGCUACUUUGUAAGUUAGGUUUUAGAAGAAAAUUUUAAGAUCCUGAAUGUUCAUUGCUGGUGCAAUCUUAUAUUAUAAUAAGAAUCAAAAUUCUGAGGAA